UAUGCGCUAUCCAGUGGGUUUUUUUUUAAUUAUUAUUUGUUUUCGCUCAGUGAUUGACCCGCACCCACGCACCCUGUCGAGACAGGAAGGAAGCCUUACAGCCCGGUGAUCUCAUUGCAGUGCAGCAGCACAUUAUUAGUGUACUUCCUUUGCCCACUUGUGCACGUCCUGUCCUCAGUAAAGAGUCAUCCUUUUCUCCCAAAUAAGGGAACUGCUCAUAAUUUUGCUUACUAUUUGUGUCAAAAAAAAAAAAAAGAAAAAGUCUGGAUGAUAAGUCUUUUAUGUUGCAGCAUGGCGGUGGUUGUUCUUCCACACCAAAUCCGACCGAGCACACCUUAAUGGCCUCACUUUUUUGAUCUUGCAAAAUACUGUGAAUGUGACUUUGCAUUAUAUGGCAUACUCGUGGACUGUAAUAACCAUGCUAGUAAUGUUUUGAUUAGAGAGAAUCCAACAAAUACAUCAUCAAAAAGACUGGAUUCUACCGUCUGAUUUUGUGCGAGUUUACUAUUUCCUUUUUGUUUCACUUUUCUGUAAAACAGUUUUGUAGUGCAUUUUCAGUUCAUCCUGAGUAGUGCACUGCAGUCUGUAUAAAUACUGUAUCAAUAAGUUUGGUAUUAUUUAAAUCUGCGACGGAUCUAUAAGCGAGCGAUCACCAAGGAAGUAGGGGAAAGGUCGUCCUGGAAGCUGAUGUAAGAUGUUUUUGUUCCCGAAUCUUCUUGUAUUACACGUUAUGUAUAUGAAGGUGUGACGUGUCUGCCGCCUGACGACGGAUCCACUCGGUAUUGCAGCAUCGAAGCCCCGCCCCCGCCUAAUGACGUCACCGCGCGAAGAGUCGACCCGAACAAAGGCGAAGUCGCUCGGGCCACUCGCGAGCUGACUUCUCGGUCCGCCCCGUCCGGAGAGGGGAAAACAAACAAACAAAAAAAAAGUUCGACUGGACCCACACCGGACUCAUCUGUUUGGCUACAAAAGCCAGAACGGGAGACGACUGAAAAGCGCCGCCGCUUUCGGAUCUAAAACGAACUCUUUCUGUCGUCGGUUUUCAACGCGCGCGUGCCGCUGCCGGUUUGCGCAACCGCCGUGCAGGCGUCACACCCCGGCGAAGCCACCUUCAGCUUUCCCCGGGAGCGCAGCCGCUGCUAUGGCCGCGACGACUCGUCCUUAACCGGGCUUUGUCGGGAGUCGAGCUCUGACUGGAUCUUUUUGAUCUGGAGGUGCCGUCCAGUGCAAGAUGAGCGUGGGCGUGGUCGAGCGCCGUUUCAAGAGAUUACUGGACGACCCCCAGGAUGAGUCGCCCAAAUGCAAAAGACUCUGUCCGGACCUUCCGCCGCCUCUCCCCCCUCCUCCCGACACGAGCCCGCCGCUUCACCUCGGUCCGGCUAAAAGCCCCUCCCCUCAGUCCAACCAGAGCCAAUCAAAAGUCAGGGUUGGGCCUUACUUCCUGUUUGAGCGCUGCGAUGGCGAGGACACGUACAGAGCCGUGCACGCCGCCACACAGCAGCAGUACACGUGUCAGGUCCUGCCCCUGUCCAGCUACCAGGAGAAGCUAGCGGUCUACGCCCGCCUGGGUCGCCACGGGAACAUCUGCGGCCUCCUGGACACGGUGAUCCGGCGGGACGGCGCCUACCUGUUCCUGCCCGCCCACCACGGCGACAUGCACGCGUACGUGCGCAGCAGCAAGCGCCUGGGCGAGGAGGAGGCGGGGCUCGUGUUCUCGCAGAUGCUGGAGGCCGUGGCGCACUGCCACCGCAGCGGCGUUGUGCUGAGGGACGUCAAGCUGCGCCGCUUCGUCUUCACCGACAGAUUCAGGACCCGCGUGGCCCUCCUCGGCCUCACCGACUGCGUCCUCCUUCAGCGCGGCGACUCCGACUCCAUGACGGACCGCCACGGCUGCCCCGCCUACGUGGGCCCCGAGCUCCUGGCCAGCGGCAAGGCGUCGUACUCCGGCUGCGCCGCCGACGUGUGGAGCCUGGGCGUGUCCCUGUACACCAUGCUCGUCGGACGCUACCCCUUCCAGGACACCCGGCCCGCCGCCCUCUUCGCCAAGAUCCGCCACGGGGUCUUCAGCCUCCCCCCCUGGCUGUCUCCGCUGGCAAAGUGCUUGAUCGGAUGCAUGCUCCGAAAGUCGCCCGCCGAACGCCUGCGGGCUCCCGAGCUGCUGGCGCAUCCGUGGCUGAGCGACUGCCGCGCGGCGCCGGCGCUGCCGCACGCGGCCCGGGGGCGCGGCGCGGGCCGAGCCCCGGAGUCGAGACACGAGGACGACGACGGGGGCGACCAGGUGGUGCCCACGUGUGCCGAAAAACAUUAAAAAAUGAUAUAUAAACGAUCAUAAACUUAACACGACUCCGGAGUCCUGGAUUCCCUGAGCCUCAAGUGCCUUCAACUCCCCGCAGCUCUGUUUGAGAUACCAAAUACUAAUUUUUUGGGUGAAAAAUGAAGUACAGCGAACCCCGAUAUGUUCACCAGGGACAGGGACCGAGCCCUUGUGCGAAUAGUGAAAAUCAUGCCCCACCUCCCAAAAAAGAUAUUUGCCUACAAAUCCCAGAAGAUGGCAACAAAGCACCGUUUAUUAAAUUGAAACUCCUCUUCUUACGCUAACAUAGUUUCCUGACUUAACUGCAGACAAGUCGAGCAAAAAAGAUAGUUCCUCGACACCACGAUGCCACAGGGAUGGUGGCUCUGCACUAUGACAUCAGGAAGCCACAAGAUGGCAGCAAAUAAUUAUUUUCACAAAAUUGAAAGUCCUCAAUUCACUUCAACAUCGUGGCCACACAAAAUACAAAUUUUAUUCGCGGUGAAAUCUUGAUGAGCAGGUUACCCACUACAUAGUUCACUAUGUAUUUAGUGAUUAGCGUAGUGACAUUAUUAAAAAAAAAAUUUUAAACAAAAUAAUUAGUAAAUAAAUUCUGAACACGUGUUUUGUUUUUUUUUUGGGGAGGGGGGUGUGAAAUGCCCAAAAAUGCUGCAGCAUUAAAAAGCUGUCUUAUCGAAAUUCCGUGCUUUGGCCCUCCUUUUGUGACAUCUUGUUGCCAGGGAACUAUGAAUCGAGUUAUUAAAUCAUUUAAUUGAACUGGAGGAGCUUCUGCAGGACAGGUCAAAGGCCAUCCUAAUAAAAAAAAAAAACUGUGCUUUGCCGCCAUCUUGUGUCCACUACAAGACGAAACCUUUUUAGGGCGAGGUGUCAAUUAAUCGCAAAGCGCUCUCUCGAUUUUUCGUAUUCAAAAUUUGCGCCACAGCUAAAUACAUAUUUUUCCAAAGCACACAACCUCAUUUUCCGACAUAGUUCUCCCCCCACCCACCUCCACUCGACUCUUGACGCGUGGUCGUAGUGUGUCCAUGUUUACGCCACAUACUCCCGGUCUACCUCGGUUCUUGACAUUUCGUUUUUGUUUCUCCUUGCUUGUCCCCAAACUUGAUCACGUUUAUGUCAACAUGUAAAAUGUUUUAAUUUUCCCACCACAAGGUUGACGUGGAAGCAGACGAUAAUUAUUCGAGGCCUCCUGGUUAAAAAAAAAAAAAAAAAAAGAAGCCAACUAAGAGCUGCAUACUGAAUAAAAAAUAUUUCACAAAA